CGGACGUUCGACAUCGAUCUUAAAUCGAACCGUCCGAUGACUUUCAUCCUGCAUCUAGCGGUCAUAAUUUCUCCAAAAGAAGCAAAAGCCCUUUAAAUAGGGAGACGAGAUACGAAGUUUAACUCUUUUCCUGAUCUCGCCAAUAAUCUUUUUCGAUCCAAAAUUUUAAAAUUCAAUAAAACAUUUUUCCUUUCUAUUUUAAAAAUAUUAAUUAUUAGUUUCCCUAGGGUUUCUUGAUCUAGAGUUUUCUCCUGUUUGUGCCUUUUUUUUUGCUUCUCUCUUUUACUUUGUCGGCGAAACGAUUGAGGAAGGGAAGAAAGGGUUCUCGACAUAGGAGGAACAGUGAGCGAGCAGUGACAGACUGAGUGCGGCAAUUAAGUCAGCAGUUCCUUUACACUGAAUAAAGGGAUAUAAGAAGAAAGGUGCUUUGGCUAAGAUGUUGGCAAAGCGUGAUAGGUUUGCAGGAGAGUAUUACUGUGGCCCGUAUGAGCCUCCUGGUGAAUCAGAGGGAUCUGGUAGCUCAGGAAGAAUUGAUAUGGAGAUUACUGCUUCAGAAGAUUCAAGUGCACCGCAGAGAAAAUGUAUCAGUUUGAACCCUGAUAAACUUGGCACCUUUGGUGUCCGUACGGAAGUGCUGUCACUGUCAAAAUUGUCACAGUUUGAAAGAAAGGAUUUGAUGCAUAGGUUGAGACAUGAAUUGGAGCAGAUUCGGAUGCUUCAGAAGAAAGUUGAGUUGCAAAGGACAAAUGGGGUUACUGUGUCAUCUUCCAGUGAUAUUCUUAGUUGCAGCAAUGGACAAAUUUUACCUCACGCACGGGAUUUUCAGAAAUCAUCCAUGAUGGCUUCUGGACCUGGGAAGAAAGGGAAUCCUUUGAGUGGCAAGGCUCGCGCGUUUAAUCGGACUUUUUCAGGAAAAUCUGAGUCUGCAAAACAUGUUUCAGCAUCGAACACCUCAAAUAUGAUGUUGAUGAAGCAGUGUGAGGGUCUUCUAAAACGACUGAUGAGCCAUCAGUAUGGGUGGGUCUUCAACCAACCAGUAGAUAUAGUCAAGUUGAAUAUUCCAGAUUACUUUACUGUUAUAAAGCAGCCCAUGGACCUAGGAACGAUUAAAAAGAAGAUGGCAUCAGGGGCAUAUGCAACCCCUUUGGAGUUUCAUGAUGAUGUGAAGCUUACUUUCAGUAAUGCAAUGACCUAUAAUCCCCCUGGAAAUGAUGUCCACAUUAUGGCUGAUACCCUUAACAAGUUUUUUGAGGUAAGGUGGAAAAACAUUGAGAAGAAGUUACCAGUUACUGGUACCCAGUUGGUACAAAGUAAAGCUCCUUCUGAGGACAUAGAGACUUCUAAGCCUAUGCCUCCUGCAAAAAAGAGGAAGACAACCUCAGUGACCCAGGAAAUUAUAAAGGAACCUGUAAAGAGGAUGACGGAUGAGGAAAAACACAAUCUAGGCAGACAACUGGAAUCUUUGCUCGCAGAAAUGCCUACGCAUAUCAUUGAUUUCUUGAGAGAGCACAGUUCAAAUGGAACCGAAUCUGGAGAAGAAGAAAUUGAGAUUGAUAUUGACGACCUCAGUGUUGACACCUUGUUCACUUUGAAGAGACUUCUAGAUGACUAUUUGCAAGAGAAACAGAAAAUCCAAGCAAGAGGUGAACCUUGUGAAAUUGAGCUAAUUAAUGAAUCUGCACCGAGUAAUUCAUCCAUGCAACAAGGCAAAGGGAAUGACCAAGUUGAUGAGGAUGUUGACAUUGGGGGAAAUGAGCCUCCUGUAUCUAGCUAUCCACCUGUGGAGAUAGAGAAGGACACAGACCAUAGAACCACAAAGUCUGUCAGUUCAAGCAGCUCUAGAGAUUCAGACUCUGGCAGUUCUGAUAGUGAAUCUGAUGAUGCUAAACCUCCAGGUUCCGUGGAUGCAAUGAAGGUACGGGAAGGGGUAGAUUCUGGGGCUCAAUUAGAUGAAAAAACAAGUGUUGACGAUCUUCAUAAGAAUCAAUGUAUGGAUGGGUCGGAUCAGCUUGAGCAGACUUCUCAGCGAAAGCCAAGUUCUGUUGAGUCAGAUAGUUGCCAAGAUGGGGACAAUGCUCCAACAGAGAGACAGAUUUCUCCUGAGAAGCUCUAUAGGGCUGCUUUAAUUAAGAAUAGAUUUGCUGAUACCAUUCUAAAAGCUCGAGAAAAGACACUUAUACAGGGUGACAAGGGGGACCCUGAAAAAUUGCGUCGGGAGAGAGAGGAACUAGAACAACAAAGGAAGAAAGAAAAGGCACGGUUGCAAGCAGAAGCCAAGGCUGCUGAAGAUGCUCGAAGACGAGCUGAAGCAGAAGCUGCAGCUGAGGCUAGACGGAAGAGGGAACUUGAGCGAGAAGCAGCACGGAACGCAUUGCUGGAGAUGGAAAAGACGAUAGAAAUCAAUGAGAAUUCUAGGUUUCUUGAAGACUUAGAAAUGCUUAGAGCCGCCCCAGACGAUAAUUUGCCAAGCUCAGUGGAGGGAACAUGCACGGAUCUCUCUGUAGAUGGGUUGGGAAGUUUUAAGUUUGGGAGCAGCAACCCCUUGGAACAGCUGGGAUUGUACAUGAAGAAAGAUGAAGAGGAAGAAGAAGGUGAGCCGCCCAGUGUCCCAAAUCCUAUGAACGAUGCAGAGGAGGGUGAAAUUGAUUGAAAUCUGCUUUGUGUACGCCAAACUAGCCAAACUAGCCUAGCAUUAAAAGAAGAGAGUAGAGAAUAUAAUGUCAUUUCUUUAAAAAUCCUGCCUUGGUUUUUUUGGGAUUAUUUUAAUUUAUUUAUAAAGUAGAAAAUAUAGUGUAAAGAUGCUCAAGAGCACUUGUGUUGGAUUCUGUGGGCAAAGGGGGAAAACUCCCCACUGAAAUUCUAUAAUCUUUUUGUAGUAUUUUGUAAUUACAAGUUAAUGAAAGUUGUAUUUUUGUGUCUCAAA